CGUCGACACGCCUUCCGAACCACAACAGACUUGCUCGAGUGUGCUUACCGGCAAGUAUAUGCGGAGCGUUUGAGGAAGAAAGCGGUGUUUAAUCGUUGUGACAGUUGUGAAAAGUGACAUUCUUUGAUUGUACGGUAUAGUUUGAGGAUGCCUAACCACAAACACCACCGUAAUCAUCGUUCGAAGGAGGGAGAUACCAACAACAACAUCGAGCAUGUCGAAGCGAAUAACAACAGUCAUGGCCGCCAGCCGCGAGUCGACAAUAACGGGCCUCGAAUGUUCGUGUGUUGUGUCCCGUCCAACUGCCGGAAUCCGGACGAGACAAUUGACGAGCACGACCCAGGAACCGCUGUGAAGGUUUUGUGUAAUAAUGAAAAUUGCCAGAACGGAACAUGGAUGCAUAAGGAGUGUUUUGACGAAUGGGAGCAGUCGGUUCUCAGCUAUUUGCGAUCAUGUGGCCGAGCCCGAAGUUGGAGCGAGAGGCAGCGGCUGCAAAACCUGUGGACCAAGAAAGGCUACGACCUCGCUUUUAAAGCCUGUGACUGCAAAUGUGGACGAGGGCAUAUCAGAAAGGAUCUAAACUACAUCCCCAUGACAGUUCCAGUGGACAAUGCCAAGAAACUGAAGAAACAUAAGAAGAAGAAUGACAAACCCAUGCCUGUGGUGAGUACAUCCCAUAAACCGUCUCACAACUCUAACUCUCAUUUGAACCACACAUCUUCCAAUGCCAACAACAAUAACAACAACGGCAGUAGCAGCAUUGGCAGCAGCAGUAGCAGCAGCGUAAGUGCUAACAUCAACAUCAUUAACAACAACAGCAGCAGCAGCAGCAGCAGCAGCCACCAUACUAUAAGCUCCAGUCCUGCGCAGCGCAUCCGAACAAGCAGCAUCAGCAGCACUGGCAGCAGCCCCCCAAAUUCUGCAACUUCCGGUUCACCAUUGUCCUCAUCCCCUGUAGGAGGAGGGACUUUCGUCGUCAAGGUUAAUGGCAAGAAAUCGGACUUCUUCGCUGAUCAUGCUCAAGCUGCAGCAGGAAACAUCUUCAAGAAGCGUCAAGACUUUUCUGCGUUCAAUAUUGUCCCAAGGGUGCGACAGAACCCCUACAACAUCAAGAUGGAAGAUGAAGGCCCCUAUGGAAAUGAUGAUGUCCGAAGUUUCGUCCUCUCGGCUCUGAGCUCCUACAAGCUAACAUCCAUACCAUGUGUACUCUGCAAGUCCAACCUCCCAGUUUUCGACCACUACCCACUGAUAGAUGGAACCUUUUUCCUUUCGCCACAAGCCUAUGACGAGAGAGUUGUCCAAGUUAUCUGGGAGGGACGCAUACAGUUCCUCAACUCCAUCUGCAUCUGCUGCAUGGAGGGGAAAGCCGACAUCAAAUGCGCUUCCUGCAAGCGCAAAUGGAACAGCAGCACCUACGUUCUUGGCACCAUGUACACCUACGACAUCUUCGCAGCGAUGCCCUGCUGUCAGAAGCGCCUAACCUGCAAACACUGCCGACGCGCCGUGGUGGAUGUGAAAUCAGGACUGAACUUUUUCAGCCAGUACAGCCAGAUGAUCAUCUGCCCCUAUUGCAAAGCAAAUGAUUACCACUUCAUUCGACCACUGAAUGAAACGUACAUCGUGAAGCAGCCUAUAUGUUACUGAAGCUUAGACCAUGUGCUUCAUUGCUAGUCUGGAGUUUCACCUCGUCAUCAUCUCAUCUCCACAAGGUAGUAGUGUGUGCAUGGUAUGACGGAGCGAAGGUAUGACGGAUUUGUGGUAUGACGAGCACACCUGUCAGCUGUUGGUGGACAGAAUGUUCAAUGACCAAAACAUGGAUGUUGCAAGGUUUGCACAUUCACAUAUUUGGAAUAUCAUUUGCUUUGUCCCAUCGGAAUGUGUAAUUUCAUUGGUGUGUGGCCGAAAUGUUUGGGGGAUAGCUUUCUGCUUGUUGCAAGUUUGUGUUUUGUGAAUCAAAAGUUACUGAAUGAAAGAGGGUCAGUUUUGUCAGAAUGCUUGACAUACUUUUGAGUUGAGCUUAACGUACAUACCGUUGAGGAUAUGGAUAAUUUCUUGUUUAGAAACAGUGGAGAAUAUUGUUUCUUGUGUUGAUCAUUAACCAUUAUUCAUGAUCAUUGACGGGCAUGGUGUUUGCCCAUAUCAAUUUCUUUGGUGCAACAUUUAAUGUGAUGUGACAUUGGUUAUCAGUGGGACUCAUUGUGUUGCGGAUCCACGCCUCAAUGAUUAGAUGAUGCGACCGCAUCCUCCAGUGUCGUGUACUCAAUCUAAUGGACCAUAUAUUGUCAACUUGACUUGCUCGUUCCUCGAGUAGGGAAGCUUUUGAAGGCAGCUACAGUACUCAUUCAGGCUAUAGUCCUUAGCUUGUUUAUUUAUGACUUGCAGCGUAGCACAAGUAUUCCUUAGCUUAGAUGUUUGAAAAACAACUAAUGAUAGUUUUUGUUGAAUAUUUGGACAGAUACAAAAGUAUCUUGACAGCCAUUUUGAAUUAUUCACUACAUACAAAUUUCCGUAGUUAUCUUUGUUAAAGAUUUGGAAAUAUUUUUCAAAAUUUAUCAUCCUAAAGAUAAGGGACGGUUAAAUGGAUGAAUUUAACAAAUUUAUUAAAGUAAGAUCAUUUCUGAGUCUUUUCAUACCAUACUUGUUAAUUACAAACUAGAAAUUUGGAAUGUUUUUCAAAAAUUAUUCAGUACCAGGGAAACAUUUCAUGAGGCAAUUGGCCAUGUUUUGCAGUGUUGAAUUGGGUGUGGAAUUAAUAAUUGAUAAUGGCUGCUCUGUUCUUAUUCAUAUACCUGGAACUGUACUUCAGUAUUUGUAUAAAUAGUGUAUUUUUGCUUUGUGUUUCUGUAAAGAAUAUAUACUGCUGAUAGGUACAUGUUUUGAAGGAUAAAGACUUUUGUUUGUUAGUGGUAGGUGGAGUAAGUACUCCGUUGACUGAAGGCAAAAUGGCAUUUAUAUAUUCCUAACUUGCAUUGAGAAGGUGCUGAAAAUGUCACGGCCAGUGCCAUUUUUACUACACCAAAUAAACCUCAUCUUUCUUUAUA